AAUCCAUACAAAAUCGCUAGAUUUUCGAAAAUCUGGCAACGUCGUUCAAGACUUCACAGAAACCAAUUGGAACAUUUUGGCGCACAGAUCUAUAUUGUUUACUUUUUGAUAUAAUUAGUUUAAUGUUGUAUUAACCGAAAUGAACUUUGAUUCCGUAAAUAUACCUGCAAAACUAGUGCCAGACAACUAUUUGCAGCUCGGACUGGCGGCCCAACGCAGCAAGCACCGCAGUUUUAAGGAGCUCCUCGAGAAGCGGAAGCUGCCGGAAAAUGGGUGGUCAGAUGAGCAGAUUGAGGAGCUUGUGCUUCAACUGGCGUCCCUGGACAGCAACAACUUUCCCCACAAGGUCGGACUGGGAGAGCGGGAGGCCCGAAUUGCCUGUAGGCUAGUGGCCCGCCGGCACUAUAACUUUGGUCACGGAAUCGGGCGCUCCGGAGAUUUACUGGAGGCGCAGCCUAAGGCAGCUGGCUCCACGUUGCUCGCACGCCUCACAAAUGCCCUGAUCCUGGACCUUGUGCGUGGAAUGGGACUGUCCAGUUGUGCCGGUUGCUUUCUGGUACCGAUGUGCACCGGCAUGACUUUAACCCUGUGUUUGCAGAGUCUUCGCAAGCGGAGACCCGGUGCGAAAUAUGUUCUCUGGUCCCGCAUCGAUCAGAAGUCCUGCUUUAAGGCCAUCACAGCGGCGGGCUUGAAGCCGGUAAUCAUCCCCUGCCAGGUUAAAGAAGAUUCCCUCCUAACCGACAUUAAUUCAUUCCGGGAGGAGAUAGAGUCGUUGGGGGUAGAAAACAUUCUCUGCCUUUACACCACCACCAGUUGCUUUGCUCCCCGCAACAGCGAUGACAUUGUGGAGAUAUCCAAGUUGGCACAGGAGGCACAGCUUCCCCACCUGGUCAACAAUGCUUACGGAUUGCAGGUAAAGGACAUCGUUCGUCAGUUGGAGCGGGCCAAUCGAGUCGGACGCAUUGAUUACUUUGUGCAGAGCACCGACAAGAAUCUGCUGGUGCCAGUGGGCGGUGCCAUUGUGGCCAGUUUCAAUGAGAGUCUGCUCCACGAAGUGGCCAGCAGUUAUGCGGGUCGAGCCAGUGGCUCCCAGUCCCUGGACGUCUUUAUGACGCUGCUAUCGCUAGGUCGGAACGGAUUUCAGGCGCUUCUUCAGCAGCGGGAAGAAAACUUUAUAUACCUCCGAGAUAACCUUAAGAAAUUCGCAGAGAGUCGCGGAGAAAUGGUGAUCGACAGCAGCUAUAACUCCAUAUCCUUGGCAAUAACACUGGGUACGAUUGCAUCGGAUGGAAAGGAGAGCAUAACCCAGCUUGGGUCUAUGCUGCACACGCGUGGAGUGUCCGGAGCAAGAGUAGUAGUGCCUGGGCAAACAAAAACCAUCGAUGGCCAUAAGUUCCUGGGUUUUGGUUCCCACCGCGAUGACCUAAAAGUGCCUUAUUUAACUGUGGCGUCAGCCCUUGGAAUAACUCGAGACGAGGUCGACAAAUUUGUUGACAUUUUUAGCAAGUGCUGGCAACAGCUAAGUCAAAAGUAAAAAUUCAAGUAAAACAGAAAGCCAAC